AUGUGUGACACGGAAUUGGGCAGUGGCAAGAUGAAGGAGCCCAGCAUGGGUGUCAGGAGUCGUGUGUCCUGGUACGAGCGGUUUGUGCAGCCCUGCCUGGUGGAGAUGCUGGGCUCUGCCCUGUUCAUCUUCAUUGGGUGUCUAUCAGUCAUCCAGAAUGGGUCUGACACUGGACUGCUGCAGCCGGCCCUGGCUCACGGGCUGGCCUUGGGGCUCAUCAUUGCCUCGCUGGGGAACAUCAGUGGUGGACACUUUAACCCUGCGGUGUCACUGAUGGCCACGUUGGUUGGAGGCCUCAACCUGAUGAUGCUUUUUCCCUACUGGAUCUCCCAGCUGUGCGGGGGCCUGAUUGGGGCCGCCUUGGCCAAGGCAGUGAGUCCUGAGGAGAGGUUCUGGAAUGCGACCGGGGCCGCCUUUGCGACUGUCCAAGAGCAGGGGCAGGUUGCAGGGGCGCUGGGGGCAGAGAUCAUCCUGACAACAUUGUUGGUACUGGCCGUGGGCAUGGGCGCCAUCAAUGAGAAGACACGGGGUACUCUGGCCCCAUUCUCCAUCGGCUUCUCUGUCACUGUGGAUAUCCUGGCAGGGGGUAUGGUCUCUGGAGCAUGCAUGAACCCUGCUCGUGCCUUUGGACCUGCUGUGAUGGCUGGCCACUGGGACUUCCACUGGAUCUACUGGCUAGGCCCACUCCUGGCUGGCCUGCUUGUAGGACUGCUUAUUAGGUUCUUCAUUGGAGAUGGGAAAACCCGCCUAAUCCUGAAGGGCCGAUGA